AUGGAUUUACCAAAUUGUGUUGCAUGCAACUUCACGAACAACGGCCCUUGUACACUUGGGAAUGGGAAUGCAUGCGUUAUGGCACCAUAUUUUCCAUCCACAGAGCCUGAUAAAUUUGAUCGUGUUCAUAUAGUUUUUGGAGUCGAAAAUGUCUGCAAGAUUCUAAGUCGUCUUGAAGAACCUUGGCAACGUGAAUAUGCUGCGAACGCUCUCUGCUACGAGGCAGAGGUUCGCAUACACGACCCCAUACAUGGUUAUCUUGUUCCACAAAUGGUUUACAAUAAUAUUCUCAAUAAUUUAAAGCGGGAAAUAGAUUCAGCAAUAAAUGAACUGUCAAUCACCAUGGCUAAUGUACCACAAUAUUCUAAUCUUCCUAUACCUAGUGAUUUUACAGAACCCUCUUUAUUUGCCCUUAUUAAUGAAAUGUUGGAAUUAAAUGAGGAUCAGAAGAAUCAACUUAGGGGACUCCCAGAUGUGGAUGCACGAAGGAACGUGGAUGAAAUCGUUGGGAUGAGAGAAAAUGAUCAAGGUGAUGUUCAUGGAGCUGAUGGUGCAUCAACAUCUUCCGGGCCAUCAUCUGGACCUCCAAACCAAAACCAACCAUAG